CUGGGGAGGAGUUUGCCUUCCAACUCCCGUUAAAAGUAAGGGGAAAAGAGUAAACCGGUGACUCCAGAGCGCGGCUUCCCAAACUUGGGGCUCACUUUCUGGAACGAUCGGAGAACUCAGCUGCCCCUUCUCCGGCACGGGGCUGAGCAGUACAAGCGCGGAGGGCGGCCACGGUGGAGAACCAGGUCCCAGCCCAGACACUGCGGACCCCUGAUGCCAAGAAACUUCUGCUGCCUCCGCCCCGCCUGCCCUUCCUAACUGCCCGGGGGCCCUUCCGUGGGAUCCUGGGCUGAGACUGGGAUGGAGAAGCUCCAGGGGCCCUGCCUGUGCCUCUGUGUGGCUGUGCUGGCCCUGCUGCCCUCCCCGAGCCUGGCGCAGUAUGACAGCUGGCCCUACUACCCCGAGUACUUCCAGCAGCCGGCGCCCGAGUACCAGCAGCCUCGGGUGCCCGCCGACGUGGCCAAGGUCCAGCUGCGCCUGACCGGGCAGAAGAGGAAGCACAACGAGGGCCGCGUGGAGGUGUACUACAGCGGCCAGUGGGGCACCGUGUGCGACGACGACUUCUCCAUCCACGCCGCCCACGUCGUCUGCCGGGAGCUGGGCUAUGUGGAGGCCAAGUCCUGGACCUCCAGCUCCUCCUAUGGCAAGGGGGAAGGGCCCAUCUGGUUGGACAAUGUCUACUGCACUGGCAAAGAGGCGACCCUUGCAGCCUGCUCCUCCAACGGCUGGGGCGUCACUGACUGCAAGCACACGGAAGACGUUGGCGUGGUGUGCAGUGAAAAGAGGAUCCCUGGGUUCAAAUUUGACAAUUCGUUGGUCAACCAGAUAGAGAACCUGAACAUCCAGGUGGAGGACAUCCGCAUCCGGGCCGUCCUCUCGGCCUACCGCAAGCGCACACCGGUGAUGGAGGGCUACGUGGAGGUGAAGGACGGCAAGCACUGGAAACAGAUCUGCGACAAGCACUGGACGGCCAAGAACUCCCGUGUGGUCUGCGGCAUGUUCGGCUUCCCGGGGGAGAAGGCAUACAACGCCAAAGUGUACAAGAUCUUUGCCUCUCGGAAGAAGCAACGUUACUGGCCCUACUCCAUGGACUGCACAGGCACAGAGGCCCACAUCUCCAGCUGCAAGCUGGGCCCUCUGGUGUCACUGGACCCCAUGAAGAAUGUCACCUGUGAGAAUGGGCUGCCGGCCGUGGUGAGUUGUGUGCCUGGCCAGGUCUUCAGCCCAGAUGGACCGUCACGUUUCCGGAAAGCCUACAAGCCAGAGCAACCCCUGGUGCGAUUGAGAGGCGGCGCCAACAUCGGGGAGGGCCGCGUGGAGGUGCUCAAGAAUGGAGAAUGGGGGACCGUCUGCGAUGACAAGUGGGACCUGCUGUCAGCCAGUGUGGUCUGCAGAGAACUGGGCUUUGGCAGUGCCAAAGAAGCGGUCACUGGCUCCCGGCUGGGGCAAGGGAUAGGACCCAUCCACCUGAACGAGAUUGAGUGCACAGGGGACGAGAAGUCCCUCAUAGACUGCAAGUUCAAUGCCGAGUCUCAGGGCUGCAACCACGAGGAAGAUGCUGCUGUGAGGUGUAACAUCCCUGCCAUGGGCUUUCAGAAGAAGCUGCGCCUGAAUGGAGGCCGCAAUCCCUAUGAGGGCAGGGUAGAGGUGCUGGUGGAGAGGAACGGGUCUCUCGUCUGGGGGACGGUGUGCGGUGAGAACUGGGGCAUCGUGGAGGCCAUGGUGGUCUGCCGGCAGUUGGGCCUGGGGUUCGCCAGCAACGCCUUCCAGGAGACCUGGUAUUGGCACGGAGACAUCUUCGCCAACAAAGUGGUCAUGAGUGGAGUGAAGUGCUCGGGCACGGAGCUGUCCCUGGCACACUGCCGCCACGACGGGGAGGACGUGGCCUGCCCCCAGGGCGGGGUGCAGUACGGGGCAGGAGUCGCCUGCUCAGAAACCGCCCCUGACCUGGUCCUCAAUGCUGAGACCGUGCAGCAGACCACCUACCUGGAGGACCGGCCCAUGUUCAUGCUGCAGUGCGCCAUGGAGGAGAACUGUCUCUCGGCCUCGGCCGUGAGCACCGACCGCACCACGGGCUACCGCCGCCUCCUGCGCUUCUCCUCCCAGAUCCACAACAAUGGCCAGUCUGACUUCCGGCCCAAGAACGGCCGCCAUGCAUGGAUCUGGCACGACUGCCACAGGCACUACCACAGCAUGGAAGUGUUCACCCACUAUGACCUGCUGAACCUCAAUGGUACCAAGGUGGCAGAAGGCCACAAGGCCAGCUUCUGCUUGGAGGACACGGAAUGUGAAGGAGACAUCCAGAAGAGCUAUGAGUGUGCCAACUUUGGCGAGCAGGGUAUCACCAUGGGCUGCUGGGACAUGUACCGCCAUGACAUCGACUGCCAGUGGAUCGACAUUACUGAUGUACCCCCUGGAGAAUACCUGUUCCAAGUUGUCAUUAACCCCAACUACGAGGUUGCGGAAUCUGAUUACUCCAAUAAUAUCAUGAAGUGCAGGAGCCGCUACGAUGGCCACCGCAUCUGGAUGUACAACUGCCACAUAGGUGGUUCCCUCAGUGAAGAAACAGAAAAAAAGUUUGAGCAAUUCAGUGGACUCCUAAAUAACCAGCUCUCCCCGCGGUAAAGAAGGCUCUGUGCGCCGGGGCACGGUAGCUUACACCUGGAACCCCAGCACUUUGGGAGGUUGAGGCUGGAGGAUUGCUUGAGGCCAGCAGUUCAAGACCAGCCUGAGCAUCAGCGAGAUCCUGUCUCUACAAAAAAGAAAAAAAAAAUAGUUUUUUAAUUAGUUGGGCGUUAUGGUGCCUGUGGUCCCAGCUGCUUGGGAGGCUGAGGCAGGAGGAUUGCUUUAGCCCAGAGCAAGACCUUGUCUCAAAAAAAAAAAAAAACAGAAACCAAACAAACAAACAAAAAAAAAAAAACAACAGAAAAAGCAGCCUCUGUGGUCACCUGUCUUUGGGCUACACAUCUAACCUGGGACUUCCCGCAACUAAGUCUGACCUAGUGCCCCACCUGGACCCCCACAACGGCUAUGUCCAAGCUCAGGAAGAAGGGGACCUUCUCAUGGUUUGCUGGUUGCUACCUGCCCUUUAAGCCCUGGGAAGGCCUCUGGGGUCCAUGGCUAUCCACAGGCUGUGGGAGCAGCACCAAGAGCCAGCCUUGUCUAAGACCCCAGGCCCACCCACAGGUCAUCAUCAGCCUGUCCCAUCCAAGCCACUGACCUCACCACGAGUAACAUGAGCCUGUCCUCAGUUUACAUGUGGGAAGACGUGAGCUUAUCAACAUAUAUAAAAGAUGCUGCCAUGCUUUCAGAUUAAACGAGCUCAGAGUUGGUGCUUUUCUCUCCAUCCCCUCCUAUUUUUUUUCAAGGUAUUAUAUUUUCACAGACCUGGAAAUACAGCUCAGAAGAAAAACCAGUCCACCUGUGUAAGUGACUCAUGUUUCUACUAUUCCAAUUCUGUUGGUUAAUAAUUCACCGGUGCUAUAUCCAGGGUGCUGAGUGACAGGGACGCUCACCAAACAUGUGUCAUCAGAGACACUUACACAUACUUGAAUUUGGAAUAAAAGAUGUAUGAUAUG